UAAAAGGUUCCAACGAUCAUGCAGCACAGCUGUGAUCAUCAGAACCUCUUUUUUUUUACUUUUUAAAGCAUUUUUAAAACCUGGGGGUGCAGAACGGAUGGCCCGGCCUUGUCUCCCUUUGCCGAGAUCCCCAGCGCUCCAGACCAGGCAGGCCUGGAAGGAGCCAAGGUGAUGGAAGCACCCAAGGCCCCCAAGAACCCCACCAGCGGCCGAGGCCUCUUCAACACCAACAUGGGACCACUGCAGCGCCAGCUGCGCCUGGGCGAAUACAACCUGCUCAAGUGCGCUGCCAUGUUUGAAAGCGACUUCGUCCAGGUCAGCAAGCAAGGUGGCAUUCUCGAUGUGCACAAUCAGGUGCAGCAGGUGCGUGUCGCCAUUGCAGCCACCAGCCCGGGCCUUCCGGUGCCCGACAUUCUCCUGCUGGCCCGGCCGGUCCUCCUCCCUCAACAGCUGCCACCCAACCUGCAGCACAGGUAUCGCCCCCGUGCUCGGAACAGGAAGUUUGAGCUCACCAGGCUCCUUCCGUUGUGCUUCGUCAAAAUCACCAUCCACGACCAGGAGAAGAAGCAGCUGCGAUUCAAGAUGGUGACCGGCCGCACCUUCUACCUCCAGCUUUGUCCCCCAGCAGACAACCAGAAGGACAACUUUGACUUGUGGGUCAAGGUGGUCCAUCUCCUUCGGCCCCCCUCGGACAUUAACCAGGAUAAGUGGCGCCAAGACCCAUGGAAGUCUGGGGAUUUAGCCCCCCAAGCAACCAUCAGUUCUGCCACCCAGGCCUCGGAGGAGAGGGAGAUCUCCAUCGCAGAAGUGCUGAGCACCCUGCAGGAAGAGAUCCUGGACAGCCCUGGCAACACAAUGGACUUCCUGGACACUCCCAGCGUCUCCACAAGCCCCACCCCGACCUUGGUGGCCAUCCAAGAGAGGCUGGAGAGCCCUUUCCCUCUGGAGGCCCACAGCUCCAUGGAGGAGCCCUGGAGGGAAAGGAAGAAGGAGAACUCCAUGGCGCUGUUACCCAUCAGCAGAAACGAGACCAAAGAUGCUCCGAAGGAGACCCCGGAGGUGGCCCACGGGGCAGGAGCUCAAAGAAAAAGCAAACCCCGAAGCAAGUCGAGCCGAUCUCGCCGAAGCCAUUCGUCCAAGAGAGUUGUGAGCCAGGCUUCCAGGAAAAUCUCCUCCCUCAUGGGCUCCUUCUCUGGGACCAGCCAGAAGGUCCCCAAGAGUUCCCGCAGCAGCCGGAAGCCCUCUACCAGCAAAGAAAGAAAACGCUGAGCAGCCCCCUCCCCACAAUCCCCUUGAGAAAAACCAGAGGCCUGAACCAGACAAAAAACCAGGCCUCUUUCCUUUCUUGAAUAAAGGAAAUCAUUAGUAAAGAUGAUGGCUAGAAACACA